CCAUGCCGAAUAAAAACAAGAAGGAGAAAGAAGAACCAAAAGCAGGAAAAAGUGGAAGAGGUUCAAAAGAAGCACAAGACACCAUAGAACCAGAGAUUUCCAGCAGGAAAAGCAGCGUUGGUUCUGUCUCGCCUACAGUAUCUAGUAAAAUUAAGGUGCCAGCCGUUCAGCCCAUAGUGAAGAAAGACAAACGGCAAAGUUCCUCCAGGUUUAGCGCCAGCAGUGAUAGAGAACUUCAAAAACUACCAUCUUUAAAAGAUGUUCCUCCUCCUGAACAAGAGAAGCUUUUUAUCCAGAAGUUAUGUCAGUGUUGUGUCCUCUUUGACUUUGUUUCCGAUCCACUAAGUGACCUAAAGUGGAAGGAAGUAAAACGAGCUGCUUUAAGUGAGAUGGUGGAAUAUAUCACCCACAAUCGGAAUGUGAUCACAGAGCCCAUCUACCCAGAAGUGGUCCAUAUGUUUGCAGUUAAUAUGUUUUGAACAUUACCACCUUCCUCCAAUCCUAUGGCAGCAGAAUUUGACCCAGAGGAAGACGAACCAAUGUUAGAAGCAGCCUGGCCUCACCUACAGCUUGUUUAUGAAUUUUUCCUAAGAUUUUUAGAGUCUCCAGAUUUCCAACCUAAUAUAGCGAAGAAAUAUAUUGAUCAGAAGUUUGUACUGCAGCUUUUAGAGCUCUAUGACAGUGAGGAUCCUCGAGAGAGAGAUUUUCUGAAAACGACCCUUCACCGGAUCUACGGGAAAUUCUUAGGCUUGAGAGCAUACAUCCAAAAGCAGAUAAAUAAUAUAUUUUAUAGGUUUAUUUAUGAAACAGAGCAUCACAAUGGCAUAGCAGAAUUACUGGAAAUACUGGGAAGUAUAAUUAAUGGAUUUGCCUUACCACUAAAAGAGGAGCACAAGAUUUUCUUAUUGAAGGUGUUACUACCUUUGCACAAAGUGAAAUCUCUGAGUGUCUUCCACCCCCAGCUGGCGUACUGUGUCGUGCAGUUUCUGGAGAAGGACAGCACCCUCACGGAACCAGUGGUCAUGGCACUGCUCAAAUACUGGCCAAAGACUCACAGUCCAAAAGAAGUAAUGUUCUUGAAUGAGUUAGAAGAAAUUUUAGAUGUGAUUGAACCAUCGGAAUUUGUCAAGGUCAUGGAGCCGCUCUUCUGGCAGUUGGCCAAGUGCGUCUCCAGCCCACACUUCCAGGUGGCAGAGCGAGCGCUGUAUUACUGGAACAAUGAGUACAUUAUGAGCCUCAUCAGUUACAACACAGCCAAGAUCCUGCCCAUCAUGUUCCCGUCCUUGUACCGCCAUUCAAAGACCCACUGGAAUAAGACAAUACAUGGCUUGAUAUACAACGCACUGAAACUCUUCAUGGAAAUGAACCAAAAACUAUUCGAUGACUGCACCCAACAGUUUAAAGCAGAGAAGCUGAAAGAGAAGCUAAAAAUGAAAGAACGAGAAGGAGCAUGGGUUAAAAUAGAAAAUCUAGCCAAAGCAAACCCCCAGGUACUAGAAAAGAGUAACGCUUCUUGAAACCAUCUAGGGUGUGACUGAAGGUUUUUAUAAGUUAGGCCUGUGGCUUCGUCAUGGGAAGGAGGGGAAUCGCAUUCACUAACAUUGUUUAUGAAAAUACCCAUAAAAGAAAAAUACU